UUCCGUGCCCAAACUGAGCAAAUCUCUGCCCAUAUUCUUCACUGUUUGGGGAAUCAGUGUGGAGAUCUGGCUGUAUUAAGAUGUUACCAUUAUCCAUCAAAGAUGACGAAUACAAACCUGCGAAAUUUAACCUCCUCGCCAAAAUAUCCGGAUGGUUUAGAUCCAUUCUGUCGGACAAAACAUCACGAAAUCUCUUCUUUUUCCUGUGUCUGAAUCUGUCCUUCGCUUUUAUUGAAUUGUUGUACGGCAUAUGGAGCAACAGUUUAGGGUUGAUAUCGGACUCCUUUCACAUGUUCUUCGACUGCACAGCUCUCCUGGCGGGGCUUGCAGCCUCCGUCAUCUCCAGGUGGAGGUCCAAUGACGCCUUCUCAUACGGCUACGUCAGAGCGGAGGUGCUGGCUGGCUUCGUGAACGGCCUUUUCCUUAUCUUCACGGCCUUCUUCAUCUUCUCCGAGGGAGUGGAGAGGGCGCUGGAACCCCCAGAUGUUCACCAUGAGCGUUUGCUGCCGGUCUCCAUUGCUGGGCUGCUGGUCAACCUGGUGGGAAUCUUUGUCUUUCAGCAUGGGGGUCAUGGGCACUCUCAUGGCGGGGGCGAAGGACAUGGUCACAGUCACUCUCUGUUCAAUGGCAGCGUGGGCCAUGGACACAGCCACGGAGGUCAUGGACACAGUCAUGGGUCCAAACACGGACACAGCCAUGACCACGGUCACGGCCAUGACCACGGUCAUGACCACGGUCACGGACACGGUCACGGUCACGGUGGGCACGGGCACUCACACGAGGACACACACUGUCACGAUGACCUUUCACCAGGAAAAGGCUCCAGCAAACAGAUUUUGGAAGGAGUGUUCCUGCACAUCGUGGCCGACACCCUGGGCAGCAUCGGCGUCAUUAUCUCUGCCAUCCUGAUGCAGAAGUACGACCUGAUGAUCGCCGACCCCAUCUGCUCCAUGCUCAUCUCCAUUCUCAUCGGAGUCAGCGUGGUGCCUUUGCUGAGGGAGUCCAUCGGCAUCCUGAUGCAGCGCACGCCUCCCACACUCGACCACGCCCUCCCAGAAUGCUACCAGAGGGUCCAGCAGCUGCAGGGCGUGUAUAACCUACAGGAGCCUCACUUCUGGACACUGUGCACAGACGUCUAUAUUGGGACACUCAAACUGCUGGUCGCCCCUGACGCAGACGCUCGCUGGAUUCUGAGCCAAACGCACAACAUUUUCACACAGGCCGGAGUCAGGCAGCUGUAUGUUCAGAUCGAUGUCGCAGCGAUGUAGUGUUGGGUACUCGCCUCCCUCUCUCUCUUCGGG